CUCUCUCUCUCUCUUUCGAUCUCUAGCCAUAGGCAGCAAGCAAAGGUGACCUUUGCUGCCACGCUAUAAAACGCCCUGGCACCAACCCUUGUUUCCUCCUCCGCUCACCCAGAGCUAAUUAAGCAAACCCAUCAACAAGCUUAGCCUAGCCAAACCAUACCAGUUUAACUACAUCUAUUACUUCCAGCUCUCUAAGCUAAUUAAGCAAGCACAAGUACUGAAGCUAGCAAGCAACACCAUGCUGCACCAUUACCAUGGCGAAGUGGCCAGCCUGCACUGCCUCACGCCUCCAAACCCACCAUUAUUCCACACUCACUACCAGAGCAGCAUGAUCACCAUGACUCCCCCUUCCUUCCAGUUCUCAGCGGCUGCCUACGACGACGACGAGCCUGUCCAGGAAGCGCUGGCUGCUGCUAUCAGCAACAACAGCUCGGCCCGCUCCGGCGGUGCCGCCGGUGACACUGACAUCCAUGGCCGGGCGGCAGCGGAGGAGGAGGAACGGAGACGGCGGAGGAUGGUGUCCAACCGCGAGUCGGCGAGGCGGUCCCGCGUGCGCAAGCAGCGGCAGCUCAGCGAGCUGUGGGCGCAGGUCCUCCACCUCCGUGGCGCCAACCGCCGCCUCCUCGACGAGCUCAACCAAGCAAUGAGGGGCCGUGAUGACGUUCGCCGCGAGAACGACCGGCUCAGCGACGAGAAGGCCGAGCUGGAGGCCAGGCUCCAGCAGUACCUCAUGCAAGCACAGGAGAAUAACAACACCCCGUCAUCGAGCUCAUCCUACAAAAUUACUGCCACCGCUACUGAAUAAAACCUCUUCUUAUACUAUAUCUUCUCAAUUUUUACUACUACCAGGAUUGCAAUUAGUACACUGGAAUAAGACCGUGUGUUGAGGUGGUCUCGUCGGAUUAAUUAUUUCUUAAUUUUAAGACUGUCCUUAUUAGUCCUUACUGCACAUAUAUAUUGACAUGUUUUUGGCAAGGUGGCUAGAUAUAUAAAAUAUUGAUAUUGGGAGUACCAA